AAGGAGACCAAGGUGGCCCUCGACUCGAAGAUGAAGCGGGGGAUGGACGACGAGCGGUUCAAGGCAACGAGGACCGACCCGAGGUUCCGACCGAUGCAGCAGAAGGAGCUUAAGGUGGCCCUCGACUCGAGGUUCACCCCCAUACUCACAGACCCAAUGUUUGAUUAUUCGGAGGCGCCGGUGGACAAGCGUGGCAGACGCCGCAAGAAGAGCGCCAUGAAGAACCCCAUGCUGCGUUACUAUCUCAACCAAGAGGAGGGGGACGAAAAGGACAAGGAAAAGACGGAGCAAGAGAAGCUGAUUCGUGAAGAGGAGGAUCAUGAGCUGGAAGAAGAGGAUGAACUUGAUGAAGAGGAGAGUUCUAGUAGCGACAAGGAGGACGACAAGGAGGACCAGUAUUCUGUUGGCAGUGACCUUGCUCAUUACUUGAUGGCGAGGCAUGAUGAUACACCUAUGAUUGACAAGGGAACUCACAGGCUUGCUGUUGUGAAUAUGGACUGGGAUCAUAUUAAGGCGGUGGACUUGUAUAUGGUCAUGACAUCUUGUAUCCCGAAAGGUGGGCGGCUUCUAUCAGUCUCGAUAUAUCCAACAGAAUUUGGAUUGAAGUGCAUGGACAUUGAGAAAACUCAAGGCCCUUCUGCUCUUGUUGGUCCUGAUGGUGAUGAUGAUGGUGGUGGUGGUGGGGAAGAUGAUAGCAAUGAUGAUGAAGAUGAUGGUGAUGAUGUUGGCGAAGAAGAUAGUUACAUUGACUCUGAGACUGAGAACAGCAAGCUGCGUACUUAUGAGCUAAACAGACUGAGGUACUACUAUGCAGUUGUGGUGUGUGAUUCCAGUGCAACUGCAGAUCACCUAUACACAACUCUUGAUGGUACCGAGUUCUUGAAAACGGCAAAUGUGUUUGAUUUGCGGUUUAUUUGUGACUCUAGCGAGUUCAAAUAUCCUGCUCGUGAUGUAGCUACAGAGGCACCUCUGAGUUACAAGGAGCCUGUUUUUGAGACUUGUGCUUUACAGCAUACCAAAGUUAAGCCAACCUGGGAUGAUGAUGAACCAGAACGUAAGAUCUUGAGGCAGAAGUUCAAAGAUAAGUUUGAUGACCUGGGUAAAUAUAUUGCAAGUGGUGAGAGUGCAUCAGAAGAUGAUUCCGAUGAUGAGUAUCUGCCAAAUGGUGUAGCAAAAAGGAAGUUAACAAAUGAGGAACGGUUGGCUCUUUUACAAGGAAAUAAAUCUGAUGAGGAACAAAUAGGUGACCAGGACAUGGAGAUAACAUUCAACAUGAAGCUUGAGGACCUCAGCAAACGUAUCCUUGAGAGAAAGAGCAUCGAGACGAAGACUGUCUGGGAGAUGAACCAAGAAAAAAUGAAGGAGAAACGGAAAGCUAGAAAGAGGUGGUCAAAGGAUGAUGAUGACUAUAGCGAGCAAGAUAGCGCUGAUGAUUUCCUUGAUGAUGAGAAGUCGGAUGAAGAAGUAAAGCCGAUGAAGAAACCAAAGCUGAAGGCCAAAGGGAAAGGAAAGGACAAGUCUCGAGAUGUAGCUACGGAGGAGAAGCAUAAAGCUAGGAAGAGGUCGUCAAAGAAUGUUUUGGGAGUUAAGCCAACAAAGAAAGAGAAGGUGAACGCCAAAGGGAAAGGAAAGGACACACUUCGAGAGGAGCAUUAUGAGGCACAAGCAACUAAGGAGGAGUUGGAGCUCUUGGUUGCUGCUAGUGAGGAUGUAGCCAAUGGUGCAAAGGGCUAUAACAUAAAACGGAAGAGUAAAAAGGGCAAGAAGGGCAAGGAUUCUGUCGAGGACAAACUUUCUGAAAUUGAUCUUAGCAAAGAUGAGAGGUUCUCACCCAUGUUCACGUCUCAUCUGUAUGCAUUGGAUCCUACUGAUCCCCGGUACAAGAGGAGUGCCACCUCCCUCAUGCUAAAACAAGCUGGGAAGAAGGGUGCACAUGUAAGCACAUUGGAUAGUGAACCACCUGUGGAGGAGUCAUCUCCACCAGAUGGUGCAUCACCUAGGAAGGCCAAUCAGAAACACACUGAGAAUCUGCAGAUGCUGUCUACUGUCAAUUCUCUCAAGAGGAACCUUGCUGCGUUCAAAAAAGCAAGCAAGCCUGAAGGUUGGUUUUGCUCUGAUACUCAGCGGAUGGAUUUGAUUUAGGAUAUAGCCUGAAGGCUCGUCUUUUGUGGUAUAUGACAGCAGACCCUCGUACACGUGCUUGAAGGAUGUCUUGGAUUUUGUUGCUCUCCUCUUCAACCUCCUUCACUGGUGGCCGCUUGAAGGAUGGCUUGGAUUUGUUGCUCUCCUCUUCAACCUCCUUCACUGGCCCAUCUGAAGGGCUUUUUGUUUACUUGCCGGAGUGUAGGCUCCUCGAUGAUCCAUAUCGUUGGUGGCCUGUUCUUUCUCUAGAUUUCAUUCCAGAGGGUCUGGCUCUGAUGUAUUUUUAAUUGUCUUGCUCUAAUUUUAACUAUCUAUCGGGACUCAUAUGUAACUGGAGUUGUAUCCUCUACAACUUAGAUGUUAGGCUUCUGUUUGACAUAUAUCAUGUGAGGCUUUAUAUAAUACUAGUCUCUCUGUCC